AAAAAAAAUCUACUUCGAAUGACUACCUACUUAACCAAAGUACAUCGUGGUUCAUGGUAUGAAAGAUGAUACGGACGAUUACAAAGCGUAUCAAUUUUCUUCGGUAUUUGCUCACUCAAUAGGCUAUAAUUUUUAGGAAAGAAGCGUUUUCCGCGGAAUUUGCCAAGUUUGUAAGUAUCGCAAAUGAGAAAACAAUGUCAUUAGCUUGCUAAUCUACAUACUCACCUUGGCGCUUCAGUUUCAAUUACCUAAUCUUUCGGAAAUUGUAAUCUUUAGUAGGUAACUAAGCAUCUAAGUUCCACCUUCGAAUCUCUAACCUGAUUGCGGCUGUUUUAUUGUCACUUGCCGAUUACGUUGGAGUAUUUUACGUUUUACAUUUUCGGCCGCAUUUUAAAUCGUCACUAUAAAUGUAUCCACUGGUAGUUAUUUAGUUAAUAUCCUAAUCUCGAUGUUCCCACAUGCUCAUUUAAAGUUCGCGGAUGGCUUAGUUGAAUACGUAUUGUGGUUAACAUACUGUUUUAAAGCAAGUGUGUCCGAUUUCAAAGUGAUUUUUUUUUUUUGGUAACUUAAUCGCAUUAAAGUUUAGUCAUGUGUAAAAAUUUAUCAAAUUUCAUUAAACAUUUAACAAUCGAACCGGCGCUAUUUUUAUACACGGCUGUGUUCGUUAUAGUGGAAUUAACGUGCCUUAAUUUAUUGAUCCAGAAAAAAUGUCGAUUCAAUGUUACCUCAGAGCCGGACUUGAAUACAGUUUGCGAUAAUGAAAAACAAGGAAUAAUCUACGCUACCGAAAUGAUGACAUAUUUUCGUUUCAUUAUGUAUUUCUUGUCCACUUUGUACGCUGCUUUGGCGAUGAGUUGGAGCGACGAAGCUGGUCGACGUCGAAGACCUUUAAUUUUCUUGCCCAUAAUUGGACUUAUAUUUCAGUCAUUGUGUGGUUGUCUGCAGUCGUAUUUUUGGACUUGGGAUCCAUUCAAUAGCGCUUUGUGGAACGUGAUACUCGAAGUUAUAGGAGGAGGAAUACCAUUAAUGAAUAUCUCUGGUCAAGCCUACGUAUGCGAGGUAUCGGAUGUGAAAAGUCGUACGAUGAGAAUGGGACUUUACUCGGCAGCUAGAACAUUAGGAGAUCUUAUAGGAUUCGGUAGUUCAGGGUUCAUGCUUCGUAAAUUUGGAUUUUUCUACACGUAUUUGAUAUGUUUUAUUUUAUCAAUAAUUACGUUGGCGUUGGGUUUGAUUUUUGUCAAAGAUGUGUCUGUACGAGUUGAAGAAAAGAGACAUUUUUGGCAAGCUUUUAAUUUGAUGCGAAUAGUUGAUAGUUUCAAAAUAGUUUUCAAGAAAAGUCUCGGAAAGAGGAGAACUAUUGUGGUUGCGUUGUUGGCUGCCUAUAUUUUGGUGUUUUUUUCGACACUAGGAGAAAAUUCUGUCCAAUAUUUAUUCCUGAGGUACAAAUUUCAUUGGAACGAGCGUGAUUACAGCUUGUACGUCAUUUAUAGAUUUAUUGCGGUAUUUGUAGGUAGUGUCAUUUCAUCGAUUGUGCUGAGUAAGCUUUGGAAAAUGCACGACGGAGUAAUCGGAAUUAUUUCUGGAUUGUGGGAUAUGAUAGCAGCUUUCGGAUAUUUAUUUGCUACUCAAAAUUGGCAUCUUUAUGUCGUUCCUCUCUUUGAUAUAUUUCAUGUCACCGCAUUGUCCGUGAGCAUUUCAUUUUUCAGUAAAUUUUAUGAAGCAGACGAAAUAGGUCGUUUAAGUUGUGUCCUUGGUGUACUGACGUUGCUGAUCGCAGGAUGUCAUCCUACUUACUACGGAUUUUUUCAAAGCACUCUGGAUUUUUUUCCUUCAGCAUACUUUACGUUGAGCAUUGUUAUAAAUAUCAUCGUUAUAUUGCUAUAUCUUCGAAUGUAUCAUUUUCAAAUUACAGUUUGUCAUAUUUGCUGGUCAAAAACAUCGCUAAACGAGAAACCAUUCCGAAAGAGGGGGAACCAAUGAUUGAUUAUAAAUGACUGACGUGUGGUUUGUAUGAAAUAUAAUCUCAAGAAAUUAAAUAUAAUACGUUUUGAAUUUU